AUGGGCAGAAAAGACUUUUUUGCUGAGCGCGAUGAGAUCGCAAAGGAGAGACGUCGUCUACAACGGGAAAUAAACGGUUAUGUUCCUGGAGCUCGCAGACAGGAGGAUUCAAUUCGGGAGAAAGACAAAAGACUUGCCGAGACCAACAACUUACAUCGACAAAACUUGGAUCUUUGGCUGAAUUUUACUGCAGACCCAGAGAAUGGAUUUGAAUACUACAAGACCUCGUUUGGUUGCCCAGCCCCAAGUCACGAGAUGAUCAAGGAAUUUAUCCGCUGGUACAUUGGUUCUAUUCAAGGCCGACUAAACGAGAAUGGACGACCAACGGUAAGAACCGUAGAGGCGUGUGCCGAGCGGUUCUUUGGUGGAUUUGAAGAAAUUACAAAGACUAAAAUCAUCCCAGAUGAUCGAAAAGAAAUAAAAUCGUGGAUAAAAAAAACCCUGACGGCGGAAGGCACAAUAGUGAACCAAAAGAAAGAGAAGCUAAAAUUCACAAAACAUGAUUUCCUGAGAACGGUCUCGUCUUUGUGGCAGACAGAUCAUCAAACUUUUAUCCCUGGGUUGCUCAAAGUGGUCAUCUUGUUUGCUCUUCAACUGUAUCUCUUUACUGGAGCAAGAGUCGGAUCUUUCAUUCCUUCCAGCAAGGACAAACAUGAAAGAGGUCUUCGAUACAAACAUAUUGACUUGGUACUAUUUCCUUCAACCACGGCCCCUUGGGCGGUGGGAUGGCGGGUCAAACAGGUCUGGCUCAAGAAUAACCGAUGUCCACAAUACACUGUAUUCGGGAUUGGUAUCCGGGACAGCAACAGACCGCAAUUUGCUUCAGGCUACCUUCUUCUCUCCCUCGUACUAGCACACGGUGCUCUCUUUCGGGUCAACACUGUGGACGAUCUAGCACAAUUCGAUCUCUCAAAUGGAGAAAUUCCAUUGCGAUGGAAAGAUGAGUACUUGGAAAAGCCAGUCCUCAGACAUGCCACGGCAGAUGGACCCCAAGAGACUCCUUUGACGAAGCAAAAGUUUUGUUCCUGCUUACGCCAAAUCUUCGCCGCUGCGGGAUACUUGGGUGAACUGGCAACCAUCCACUGCAUUCGACGAAAUCUAGGGAAAAAAGUCGAAAGAAGGCAUGGUUCUGCACCUGUGUCUCAAAUCAUGGCACACCAGGGACCAGACACUUUUCCAGAGCAUUAUCAAGCCCACUGCCCCUCUAUAGAUACAGUGUCAGCUGUUCUCGACGAGGCGGACCAAUCUGAUCACAUUGAGUACUUCCAAGGCUACGUCCAAUUUUAUGAGCGCGGCUUGCCGAGCGAAUUGCCAGCAGAAGUCAAGAAAAGUAUUCUUGAAAAACCAGACAUGGUAAGAAUGAGAGAUCGGAUCGACUCGUUUGAGCGAAGUCACGAUGCGAACUCCCUCAAGCACGAGCAGCUGGAAUACAGGAAGGCGCUAGUUCGACAUCGUCUUUCUGCGCUCAAGCAAUAUCAAAAUCGGUGGGUACGGGAGAAAAGAGACCAGAAAAUCAUCAACCGGGGAAAGGAAGAGCCGGCGCACUUGGAAAAUGACAUUUGCACACGCGCUCAAAUGUUGAUUAUGCCCGAGGUUGCGCGAAUCGCAACAGCCAUGUCCUGCACCAAAGAGCUUUCUUUUGACGAAAAACUUCUUUUUGUCCAAGAUCUACAGACGCAGUGUGUCCGUGAUUUUGAUGUGGUAUACCUCCCAAAUGAAAGCCCAGCUCAGGGUCUCUGUCCUGUAAAUGUUUGA